AAAUGUCCCAUUCGUGGCCCUGUACGACGCGUGCUGUGGAGAGCUUGAGGCGCGACCGACACAAACACACGCGUGUCCGGAGCGCGUUCAUAUCCCCAGAGUUUCUUCAUCACAUCUUAUUUAUCUAAAGGAGCAGCAGAGAGUUUGUUUGAUAACGCGCAGUCAUGUCUGAUACGCGCAAGAGGAGCAGGAAGCGCUUCGCCGGGCACGCGCACAAGAAACAGAAGGGCUCCCGACAGCUGGAGGUGGGCGCGCAGGGGGUGCUCAUCACCUGUAACAUGAACGAGCGCAAGUGCACAAGUGAAGCCUUCAGCCUCCUCAACGAGUACGCGGACGCGCUCUACGGCCCUGAGCAGCCCACAGACAGCCUCAGUGAGGAUGAGGAGGCUGAUGAAGACGCAGAGGCUGCUCUGAAGAAGGAAGUGUCUCAGAUACAGUCGUCCAUGAAGACGCAUCAGCAGAGGUUCACAGCGGUCGACAGCGGAGCCAAUAACGUGGUGUUCAUUCGCACGCAUGGAGUCGACCCAGAGAAGCUGGUUCAUCACAUCCUGUCGGACCUACAUCAGACGAAGAAGAGGAAGUCGCGCGUGAUCCUGCGCAUGCUGCCGGUCAGCGGCACGUGUCGAGCGUUUCUAGAGGACAUGGAGACGUUUCUGAGCGAGUAUCUGGAGCGCUGGUUCAAAGCGCCGCUGCGGGCCACCUACCAGAUCUGCUUCAAAGCCCGAAACAGCAGCCACAGCAAGAGAGACGACAUCAUCAAAGCCGUCGCUGGUUUGGUGGGUAAGAUGAACCCGCUGAAUAAGGUGGAUCUGACCAACCCUGAGCUGAGCAUCAUCAUAGAGAUCAUCAAGAGCAUCUGCUGCGUCAGCGUCGUCACCGACUACACGCUCUUCCGCAAGUACAACCUGCAGGAAGUGGCGAAAGAGCCCACCAAUCAGAGCACAGGCCCACAGGAAGCAGCCAAUCAGACGCAGGGGCACGAGUGUGGAGAGAGAGCAGAGGGCGACGACGUUUCCGCCGGCAAUGGGAGGAAGGAGGCGGAGCUUGAGUGAACUGUGGCUGCGCAGACGCGGCGUUUUUAAAACCAUUUUUACGCUGUUUGUGUUCAGGCUUUUGUUUUUUAAGCAGUGUUUCAGUGUCAGCAGGUUCCACACUGUAAUUUUGGUUUUUACUUCUGUUUGUUGGUGAUGUUUGUAUGGUACUCUCUGAGUUAUUUUGGACACGUUUUUCUCUGAAAAUACGACGAGGUAUGGAAAUGAAAUAAACAACUGAAGUCA